AAACAUACCUAUUAAAGUUGAAAAUUAUGGAGACUACUAUCACAAGCAUUGUGCAGAUCAAAAUUAUGGUUUUGCACUACAGUUUGAGAAUUUUAAAACUGUUGGAACCACUCAGCCCAAGACUGCAGCACUAUGCUCGGAAAAUCAUGGGAAAAAUCGUUACAAGAAUGUAUUGCCAUAUGAUGAGUUUCGAGUCAAGCUAUCAACUGAAGGUAACCUGAGUGAGGACUACAUCAAUGCCAGCUAUUUACCAGGCUAUAACUCAAAGAAAGAGUUCAUUGGUACUCAGGGCCCCCUGCCAAGCACCGUGAAGGACUUCUGGAGGAUGAUCUGGGAGCAGAAUGUGGAGACACUCGUCAUGCUGACACGGUGCAAAAAAAAAGGAAAAGUAUGUGUGCAUCGUUUUUGA